GUGGCCGUACCGCCACACACCGUCGGUGUGCUCCCCAUCUUCUCCUGUCACGGUACAAGCCUCCUGCCAAUAAGACAGCCAUGGAGACUAACCUGCAGAAGAGGAAGGAGAACCGCAAGGCGCUGCGCAUCAAAGUCAUCAGUAUGGGCAACGCUGAGGUGGGCAAGAGCUGCAUUAUUAAGCGUUACUGCGAAAAGCGAUUCGUCCCCAAGUAUCAGACGACUAUCGGGAUAGAUUAUGGGGUCACUAAGGUGCAAAUCAGAGAGCGAGAGAUAAAGGUUAAUAUAUUCGACAUGGCGGGCCACCCUUUCUUCUAUGAGGUCCGAAACGAGUUCUACAAGGACACGCAGGGGGUGAUCCUGGUGUAUGACAUCUGUCUGAAGGAGUCUUUCAACAGCCUGGACGCCUGGCUGUCUGAGAUGAAGCAGGAGCUGGGCCCGCAGGGGAACAUUGACAACAUGGUCUUUGCUGUCUGUGCAAAUAAGAUUGACUGCACCAAGCAUAGGUGCGUGGACGAGAGCGAGGGGCGACUCUGGGCCGAGAGCAGGGGCUUCCUGUACUUUGAAACUUCUGCGCAAAGUGGGGAAGGAAUCAACGAGAUGUUCCAGGCUUUUUACUCGGCCAUCGUGGACUUAUGUGACAACGGCGGCAAGAAGCCCAUGUCCUCCAUUAACAUCGGGUUCACCAAAGAGCAGGCGGAUUCUAUUCGGCGGAUUCGCAACAGCAAGGACAGCUGGGACAUGUUGGGGGUGAAGCCGGGGGCCACCAGGGAAGAGGUAAACAAAGCAUAUCGGAAGCUCGCUGUUCUUCUCCACCCGGACAAAUGCGUGGCCCCUGGGAGCGAAGACGCCUUUAAGCGUUGUUAACCCCGACGGCAUUACUGAAAACAUAAAAUAGAGCGUGGAUACGACUUACAGUCACCCUGAGAAUCCUAACCCCUACACGCCCAGCACUAAAAGAUUGUACGAGGGCUCCGUCGCCCCCUGUGGACAAUACAACCGCCAUAUUUAUGUUACUUUAUCGACUGCAUGCAGACACGAAGUGGACGGGUUCCAUUGCCGCUCUUAGUGGGGCGGCAACUAUGCAGAGGCGGAGCCUGUCUCGCUCAGCGUGGGCAGGUCUAGCCGUAUAAGCACAAGCCGUUACAUAGCUUCGGUCCCUCUGUUAUCUCCCUGUUGUAUUCGUUGUCCGUCUUGUGAGCAAGUCAGGAGAGGAAGAGCGAUUUCUAAUUGAUGCAGAGUAGAUGAAACAUUAUUUAUUAUGUUCUUUCCCCUAUUGACCGGGCAUCGUGGUCAGAGUAGAUAUGAUGUAUAUUAAAUAGGCACCUAUAGAGCCAUGAGUCUCAUGUGGUACUGGGUUAUUUAGGAAGUCUAGGGGUUGGGAAGCACCCUGAGAGACACAAUAAAAUAUAUAUA